GAAAGCUCGACAUUCGAUCCAACACCUGCAAAACUACAAAAAUUAAAGAGUUAUGAAUGGUCCUCCCCCUUUCGGAAAGCACGACAUAUUCCCAAACCAAGUUUAUAACAACAUUGCAGUGCCUCCAAACUGCCCACCUGAAAGAUGUGCUGCUCUCCAUACUGAGGCUUUUACACCUCGACCUGACGACAUUGUGGUGUCCACAUUCGCCAAAAGUGGCACCACUUGGCUCCAAAACAUGGUGUACAAUCUUGUGGGUUGCCCCAACGGACCCAUAGUCCGGAUUACUGAGACAGUUCCUUGGUUACAGGAUUCAUGGUCAGUAAAGUUGGAGGAUAUUGAGAAGAUGAAGGGACCCCGAGUGUUCAAGACUCAUGAUUACUGGAGCUGGAUGCCGGAGAAGUUGAGGGAUACAGCUCGUUUUAUUUACUGCUCCAGAAAUCCUAAAGACCAAGCCGUGUCAUACUUUCAUCACAUGAAAACUCUGGAGAAAAUCUAUGGUAAAAUAUGUGCUGAGAUGACAUUCAAUGAGUAUUUUGAUCAGAUUUACACCAAAAAAGAUGUGGCCGAAUUUGGUAUGUGGGAAGAUCACAAUAUAGAAUGGCUCGAACAGUCAGCUAGAAAAAACAUCCUGUUUGUAACUUAUGAAGAUCUGAGGGAAGACACUGAAAGGGAGUUAAGAAAAAUGAUAGAAUUUCUGGGUCUAUCUGUGGACGAGGAAAUAAUUGCCGAGACUCUCAAACAGGGUGGGUUUAAGCACAUGCAAAAGAGCAGCAAUCUGAACUACUCUUGGGCUACUGAAGGUUCGAAGACAGGAUUGGUACGAAAAGGUCAGGUUGGAGGGUGGGCCGAAUAUUUGAGAGAAAAGCAAUCUGCUUAUUUUGAUGGACCAAUUAAAAGGGUUAUUGAAGCUGGUGGUAACGUGAGGUGUAACCUCUAAGAGUUAUAAACUCGAGAAUUUAUGUACAUCGAAUCUUUGCAUGGCAAAUGAUCUGCAACUUGAU